UGCGGUAAAAGUCAACAACCUCGGCAUAAAGUUUUUUGUCUAUAUAGCAGCAAAUGUCACAAACAGGGAUCAUUCAGUUCUCUAAAGUGUUUGAAGAAGUCAACAAUCCUACUCCUCAGAAGUAUGGUGAGUUCGAGCUUGAUCAAAACACCGUGCUAAGUUUCGCCCAUCCAUGGUUUGCUGCCAUCGACAACGAGUCCACCAUCAACUUGUUCAAAUGUGGACUUUACGUUAAACUUAUUACGUCUAUUUGGUCUACACUAGACGAGUCUACAGCCAAGCAGUGUCGUGCAUUAGGUAACAUCGAUUCUAUGUACUUGCCAUUGCCAGUGGCGUUAAACUCGGCCAUUUCUAUGGUCCCCUGGGUGGAAACUAAACUUGGGGUGUUUAAGAUCAAGUGGCCUAUGACUACGCUUAAAACUUGUUUUCUCAACUUGCAAUACUUCAAGAAGAAGGCGUUUGACGAGUUGGGGAUAGUCAGUGAAAAGACUCGCGAUAUCCCUCCCGUUCCUGCUGGUCAAGACGAGUGUUUUAAUAGACGAUUCUGGGGUGAUCAAGAAGGAUACGAAAAAGUCGACUUUUUCAUUGCGCGAUACCUCAAGGGAAAAGGACUCCCUAAACUCGACAAGAACUACACCGAUGACCAGAUAGACAAGCUUAUAUCGGAGACAACUCCAAACUUUGACAGAUUGAGAAAAGUAUACAGGAUGUAUGCGUUGUCGGGGGAUGCACGAUUACACUUGUUGAACCAUCCAGAAAAGGACGAGCACAAACUUUUAGAAGUGAUAUCGCUUAUUGGUUUAAACUACUGCACUGUCCCCAUUGAAACCCUUGAAACAGACUUGAUUGAACUCAUGCAUGUCUACGAAGAAUCAGAGUUGAAAGAUAUCUUCUUUAUGUAAGUUAUCGUCAUAUACUAUUUACAGUUAAUCCUUUCUAUUAUUAAAUUGUUGAAACUUUUCAAACUCCUCGUCUUUAGUUCCUUUCAAUUCCUCCCACUUUUUCAUAUUCUUUUCCUCUCGCGCCUGUUUGGCCUUGGCCAUCACUUCAAAACUCCUUCUUCUCAAACUUCGACACUGUUCCCACCCAACUAGAUUACCAAGAAAGAAUCCACCAAUACUCCAAUUGAAUGACUUUUGCGGGUUCUUGUGGAUGAGGAACGUGACUACCCCCAACACACCCAUGGCUUGGAAACCAGUGAUCAUCGCUUCUCUGAAACAAGGCAUGUGCACAAAUCGAUCUAUGGUAAAGUCAGAAAGUGAAAUCUGCUUAGCAGCAUCAAGAAUAGUGGGUUGUUUAGGUGGCAACGCAUGGGUUUGUCCAUUGGGAGAAUUGUCUUCAAAUUUCGGUGGGAGGUCUUCUAAAAACUUUGGCUCUUCCGAUUUGAACUCGGAAACUACUGAUACCGUAGCUGGUGGUUUACCACUACUGAACCAGCCCAUUCUUGCAGCUUU